UCUGCGUUGCACCACCGUCUUUCGCUCGGGUGGUGGUGGUGGUGACGUCAUCACCUGGUCAUGCUGCAGACUUCGAUUUGUUCAAAAUUUGUACACUCUUCCUUGUUGCCUGUUUCUGAAGGCCUCGUGCUUGUGGGACGAUGGGUAUUCUGGAGAAGAUAGCCGAGAUUGAGCGAGAAAUCGCUCGAACUCAGAAAAACAAAGCGACCGAGUACCAUCUAGGUUUGCUAAAAGCCAAGCUCGCCAAGUACAGAUCCCAGCUUCUGGAGCCUUCAAAAUCAUCCGGAGCCAAAGGUGAAGGCUUUGAUGUAAUGAAAUCGGGUGAUGCCCGGGUUGCUCUAAUUGGGUUUCCGUCAGUUGGCAAGUCUACAUUUCUGAGCUUAAUGACCUCAACAGAAAGCGAAGCGGCUUCAUAUGAGUUCACUACACUAACCUGCAUCCCAGGUGUUAUUGAGUAUAAAGGUGCCAACAUACAGCUGCUGGAUUUGCCCGGAAUCAUUGAAGGAGCAGCUCAAGGAAAGGGUAGAGGCAGACAGGUGAUCGCUGUAGCCAGAACUGCAGAUGUGGUUAUCAUGAUGCUGGAUGCAACCAAAGGUGAUGUGCAAAGGGAACUUCUGGAAAAAGAGCUUGAAUCGGUUGGGAUCAGACUCAACCGGUGUAAACCCAAUAUUUACUUUAAGCCUAAGAAAGGUGGUGGUCUGUCCUUUAAUUCGACGGUUCCUCUUACACAUUGCUCUGAGAAGCUUGUGCAGCUCAUUCUUCAUGAGUAUAAAAUCUUCAAUGCUGAGGUUCUGUUUAGAGAAGACUGUACAUCAGAUGAAUUUAUUGACGUCAUCAUGGGCAACAGAGUGUACAUGCCUUGUUUAUAUGUGUACAACAAAGUGGACCAGAUUUCUAUAGAAGAAGUCGACCGUCUCGCCCGUCAGUGCAACAGUGUGGUGAUCAGCUGCGGCAUGAAACUGAAUCUAGACUACCUCCUGGAGCAGCUGUGGGAAUACCUGGCUCUGAUCUGUCUCUACACCAAGAAGAGAGGAGAGCGGCCUGAUUUUGGUGACCCAAUCAUCAUGAGAAGAGGCGCAUCAGUAGAACAUGUGUGCCACAGAAUCCACAGAACAUUAGCCAGUCAGUUCAAGUACGCACUUGUCUGGGGAACGAGCACGAAGUACAGCCCGCAGCGAGUAGGACUGACGCACAUUAUGGAACAUGAGGAUGUAAUUCAGAUUGUGAAGAAAUAAUUAUCCUGUCUUCAUUCACAGUGUCAUUGUACAAUUACAAAAGAUUACAUUUUUACCCUAUACACAA